GAUAUGCAAGCAUGUUUCAGCUUGUUUUUUUCAUUCUGUUUACUUCUGGAUUCACUGAAUCACAAGGAAAAAAAGUGCUUUGCAGCUCCUCAGAUGUAGAAAUAUCGUAUUCCUUUUGUGAUUCUAUGGACGAUGCUUUCUUCCUUAGUAUCGUACCUUGUUCCUUUAGUGAAAGUCGUUGGAAAGUUACUCUUUUAUCGAUUCCAAGGAAUGAUAUAAUCUUUUUGGAGGGCAGCGUGAAUGUAUGGUAUGAUGCUGAAAAUAUAUCAGCAUGGAAAAAAGUUAUUUGCAGUGGAUUUGAUGAUGACUAUUCAUUUUGUGGAACUCUGAAGGGAGAGACGCUCAAUACGACAUUUGAAAUUGGAGGUUUAAAGAUGAAAUUGCCAAAGGGAAUAUAUACCCUUUUUUUAACAUUAGUCUCUGGUCCUUCUGAGAAGAACUUGCUCCUGUGUAGCAAUGUCACCUUGUUAAUAAAAUAGGAUGGUUAAGGAAUUUCUGAAUAAGAUGAUUGUUUCAAUUCAUCGAGGAACACAAGAACAGCUGCUGCCAGGAACUGGAAUUUUAUCACUGAAAUAAUAAACAGACUGAUUUUGCAUGGGUAAGAAUGCAAAAUGCACUUUACUGAAUGCAUAAUUAUAAGGAAGAGGGAUAGUCUCAUCCAUUCAUAUACUUGCUAUAAUCAAAUGGCCAGCUAAUUUGUGCAAAAUUUCUAUGUGAAAACUAGGUACAAAUGCAUACUGUUUAAUCUACAGAAUGACCCUGAAAUGGUGUUGUAGUUACAACUGUAUUUCAAUUCUACCCCUUGUGUUAUGCAGAAUGUGUGCUGAGGCUUAGACCUGCUGUGGGGCCGUGUUUCAGUGAAAGAGACUGCUCACCCUGCACUAGCAGUGAGGUUCCAUGCUAACUGGUGAAAUUACUGAGAGCUGGGUUAAGUGAUGGGACAUGGCAAAGGUUGCAGUAGAGAGACAGGUGGUUGCAGAGAAAGUGACAGCACAGCAGCCAAUGGCAGCGGAGUGAAGGAUGGCACAGCAGUGGUAGUGGGCAGCAAUGAAGAGUGAAUAGCAGUGGUGGAAUUAGCCACUAGGCUAAUGGGGUCCGAGCCCAGGGGCCCCGCCAAUUGGGGGGGCCCCUGCAAAAAUGUGCACCCCCGACCUGCUCCGCCUGGCCCUUCUACCAGGGAGUGGGGUCUGGACAUGGAGCUUGCUCUUCUCCAUCUCCUGGUCACUCCUGCCAGGGAGUGGGGUUGGGGCGUGGGGACUUGCCUUGUGCUCCCCGCCCAUCUGGCGCUCCUGCUGGGGAUCAGGGGAAGCCCCCACACCCUGACUCCACUCCCUGGCAGGAGUGCUGGGUGGGAGGAGCAGGUCAGGAUGCAGGGCCACUCAUUCUUCCGGGGGCCACCAAAUGGCCGGGGCCCCUGUUGGCCUGGUGGCUAAUCCACCACUGCAUGUACUACUAUAUCUUUUGUGGUUAAGUUCCACAGGUCAUCUUGCCUUCUGUAUUUUCACAAUAAAUAGUUUAGGGCUAACUCCUGCAGAUUGAAGUCAGACAAGAUCACUACUGACUUUGAUGGGAACUUUGCUGGAGUAAGGACUAGAGGAUUUUGUCCAAGGAUUUGGAUUUCAGUUCACCUUAAAGUUGCUUGAUGAUUCUACCUCACAUAGUGAUCCUUAGGAAAUUAACAGGAACAUUGUCUCAAAAUACAAUAUGAUUUGGAAGUUUCCUCUCUGCACAGUCCGAUACCAGGCUUUUGUUAGGGUAGAUUCUCAGUCAGAUGUUUCCUAAUGAGUUAACGUUGGGGAUUUUGAGCACAUAUUUUGUGGAACAAUAGAAAAUUCUGUGUUAAAGCAGUAAACUGAUUAAUAGCCACUAGGCUGUGCUGUAUCUCACAGAUUACUUUCAAACCCUUGCUGACUAUUACAUAAACUAUCAGGAGAUAGACGAGCAGAAUUAAAGUUUUUACUUUUAGCUUACAGUGGGCGGUCAGUAUUUCAAACUGGGUGCCAAAAAAAUCAUUUUGGCACAAUUGUAACCACUCCAUUUAGAAAUUGGGCCCUGUCAUAAAUAAACAGAUCAGGGUUAAGGUCUCUUUUACCUGUAAAGGGUUAACAUGCAGUACCUGAUGACCACCUGACCAGAGGACCAAUCAAGGAACAGGAUUAUUUUCAAA